AAAAGCAUCAAUGUCAUGUCAUCAUAACAAUUUGUCUUAACAUUUGUCGACUUUGUUUAUUUAUUAUUUAAUUUUUUAAUAAUUUCUUUCCUGUUCUAUUUUUUAUUAAAUUAUUUUACUAGUUUUCUUUAUAUAUUAUUUUAGAACACAAUAUGGAGGACAUAGAAGUAGAAACAGAAGAGAAAGCUCCGAGCAUGCGACGCACCGUGACGCUGAGGAGCAACGCCGCGCGACAGGUCGCAGUCAACUUCAUGCCGUCCCGACAACUGCCCUAUAACACUCUUCGCCUUAGACGCAGCAACUCCGAACACAAUGCGUUACUCGAAGAAUCAUCAGAGCCGCACACGCAGCAGGCCGACAUCAUUGUGCGGGAGAUGGAGCAGCAUCAGAGACUGAUGGAGGAUAACCCUGUCUCCGAGGAGCUCAGGAGGGAAGCGCUACGCGACCUUCCCCAAGGCCUGACGAUGAAGAGACAUGUCCGCGCCAAACUUUCUGCUUCCGUCAGCCUCCGCUCCAAACGACGGCCCAUCUCCAUGUGGAAGAGAAUGAAGUAUAGGCUCAGCUUCGGUUUUAAAAAGGCGCACGAGCGCAUGCGCACGCUGGUGUUCUCAGUGGAGCUCUGGUACGAGGCGAUACGCAACAUCGAGGGCCACUUCGGCUCCGCUGUCGGCUCCUACUUCUACUUCCUACGAUACCUGUUCCUGUUGAAUCUGGUGUUCUGUGUGGCGGUGGUCAGUUUCGUGGUGAUACCCCAGUCUAUGCACGAUCGUGCGGAGAAUGUCACUAUGGGACCAGUUACCUUCUUGGAUUUCAUCAGCGGGAAGGGUAGCUUUGGAGACUCCCUGCUGAUGUAUGGCCACUACCACCACGGCGCCGUAGCCGCGGGCCCUCUGCCCUAUAAUAUGCCGUUCGCUUACUUCUUCACCAUGCUCUGCCUGUAUCUGAUCUUCUUCGCCGUCUUGUGUAUCAGGACAGCAUACUCGUAUCGGCGUAACUUCAUCUCGACGUCGGACGGCGUGAGCCACGUGUUCGCCAACAAAGUGUUCUGCGGCUGGGACUUCGGCAUCGUCUGCGACAGUGCUGCCGCCCUCAGCGCCACCAGCAUAUAUUACGAGUUCAAGGAGCUGUUAAACGAGCAGAACAAGAAGCAAGUGUCGUCUUCGUUUUGGAUCCGUGUCGCGCAGACCUCGGCCAACGUCAUCGUCACCGCUAUAGUACUGGCUGGUAUUGGAGGCCUGUUACAUCGCAUCUGGCUGCUGCUCACUCUGGAGAAGGAUCGUCACUGGGAGAUAUACACAUCACUGCUGGUCACGUCAGUGGUGACCGUGUGUCCGCUGCUGCUAACUCUAGUGGUCAGAUUAGAAUUCUACCGCCCCCGCACCGCCACCUACGUGACGCUGGCUCGCAAUUGGCUGCUUGACAUCGGUGUCGUCACGGUUCUGUUCUUCUAUUGGGCGAAGUCGGGGCACACUUGCUGGGAGACGAGUUUCGGACAGGAGUCCUACCGGCUGGUGCUCCUCGACGCUUUGUUUUCUUUGUUUGUGUUGCCCGCCGUUGAGUUCCUUAGAGCCUUGCUUUAUAAAUUGUAUCCCAAAACAGGUGCCCCAGAGUUCAACAUUGCGUACAACUCCCUUACUCUGCUCUACAACCAGUGCGUGGUCUGGUUCGGGGCGUUGUUCUCCCCCCUACUGGUGGCCGCAGUCGCCGCUAAGCUGUUGGUGCUGUUUUAUGUGAAACGAGGAACGUUGAGGGCCUGCCAGCCGGCCAGGAAGGUGUGGCGCGCUGCGCAAACGCAAACUGUGCUCUAUAUGUUGGUCACUCUGUCUCUCUUCUCCACUCUCUUCGUUAUUGGCUCAGUCUUCUUGGGAAUGCCGUCACAACACUGUGGGCCGUUCCGCUCCUACUCGUACGUGUAUGCGGUGCUAAGUGAGGGGGUCUUGCGUCUCUCUCACCACAGUACUGCCAACUCGGUGCUCUCUUUCUUAACGAGACCGGGCGUCAUUGCGUUCCUAAUGCUGUUUUUGUGCGUGGCGGUAUACUACAUGCGGGCGCGCGCCAAAGCUCAACGGUCCAUGGUGGCCAUACUGCGGAACAUGCUGGUGCUUCAGGCUAAGGAUAAAGAUUUCCUUCUUGCUGCCAUCGCUAAGGUCUCCAACGGUGAAUGGCUGUACAGCCCAAAGCCUGAAGACGGGGAAUGUCCGGACAGUCACACAUUCAAGUACUUGCGCGAGGUCCGCAAGCCCUCCAACUCCGCGUUCCACUUCGACGCCUCGCGGCUCAGCCACGACAGACCCCGGUCUUACGUCCACGACAGGCCUAUGUCCAGCUACGACAAGGGCAAGACUCAGGAAGAUGGCGACACGGACAGCUCAUUCAGUUGGCAGGGCUCGAGCAAUUAUUUGAACCAGAAAGGGGAGGAGAGCGGUGAGAAAAAAUGGAUAUAGUCCCAAAAACAUUUGACACGCUCGCUGCAAGAAAACUCGCCUGGCGUGUUGCAAACUGCCUCGUGACACGCUUGGAGAGUUUUCAAUAGAAACGGACGUAUUUGCAAAGUCAAAUAGGCAAUAUUGUCACGACAUCUUUGCGACGCACAUGUUUCAAAUUAGCUUAAUUUGUAGUCAAUAUUUUUCUAUAUUCUUAUAUCAAAGAUCGAUCGAAAUUAUAAUCUAUGGUCACAAUAAUAUUACAGGUGUUUUUGCUAUGAUAAAUAUAUCUAGAAUAGUUUUUACAAUUAUUAUAAAGUCAAUUAUUAUAAAUACCUCUGAAUAUUUCGCCUAUAGGCAAUGUUCUGAAAAUUAUCUGCUCUCAACAAGUUUUUCAUUUAAAUUUGUAUACGUUGUAAUUAAUUGUUGAUCUUGUGGAUAUCUCCCGAAUAUAGUUAUAAGGACGUGCAUAUAGCAAUACAUGCAUUUACAUUUAACUAUUUGUCACGUGAAAUAAGUUAAAUAUAUAUACAUAGAGGCUUUUUGAGAUUUCCUUACAUAUUGUAUAGUAAUGUAUGUCAAAUAUAUAAUUGCCAAAAAAUAAAUCAAUAUUAUUUUAGUAACUUGUGGAAUAGUCUUAAGUGAAUUCAAACAAAGCAUUUACUGGUUUCCCAACGAGUGUCCCAGUUAUUUUGUAUAACAUCAAUUGCGAAUGAUUUUAAUGAUAUUUGGGCUUUACACGACAACCCAAAAAUGAGAGUGUAAAGUUUUUAUUUAAAAAUAUAAAAAGAAAACCACAAGCUCGCUAUCGCGUCGCGUAUACCUUCAGUUUGUGAUUUUUAUACCAAAUUUAUCCUCAGGGUAAGAUAGGAAGGUAUUUAUUCAAAGGAUUGCAAACAUACAUAUAACAUACAGGAAAAAAAAAACAAAA